AUGAUGCUGCAGCAGCAGCAGGAGCAUUUGAAAUCGAUGAUGGAACAAAUGAAGCAGAUGUUUCCAUUGCUACAACCCAGCAAAAAUAAAAAUGAAGACAAGAAAAAAGAGGAAAGGCAAGUUGUCGAAGCUGAGAAAGAUGACUUGUCCAAACAACUAUCAAGUGUAAGAGAGGGACAUAAUACUGUUGAACGAAAACAGAUUCCAGGCUUGGAAGGAAAUUUCGGGAAUUUUUUCCCGCCGGAAAGUCCUCAUUUUGAGGAACGAGAUGUGGAAGGAAAUUCUGGUGUCGCACCCGCACUUACUGAUGAAAAACCACUCCGGGAGAAACUUAUCAAAUUACUUAAAAAUAAUCGAAAAGUGGAAGAAGAAGAGAAGCCGCUGCGCAGAGAAGGAUCCAAGAUUUUCGACGAAUAUGAUGAUUACGACGACGAUUCUAGAGGAAAAGAAUGCAUCGAAGAAGUGGGGAAAGCCGAACAAAGUUCUCUGGUUCUGGUUCCUGAACGGUAUUGCCUUAGAGAAAUCAAUAUUCAACAGUUUCAGGCGUUCCAGAAAAUGAUGCUGCAGCAGCAGCAGGAGCAUUUGAAAUCGAUGAUGGAACUAAUGAAGCAGAUGUUCCUAUUGCUACAACCCAGCAAAAAUAAAAAUGAAGACAAGAAACAAGAGGAAAGGCAAGUCGUAAAAACUGAGAAAGAUGUCUUGUCCAAACAACUAUCAAGUCAACAGUUUCAGGCGUUCCAGAAAACGAUGCUGCAGCAGCAGCAGGAGCAUUUGAAAUCGAUGAUGGAACUAAUGAAGCAGAUGUUUCUAUUGCUACAACCCAGCAAAAAUAAAAAUGGAGACAAGAAAAAAGAGGAAAGGCAAGUCGUCGAAGCUGAGAAAGAUGACUUGUCCAAACAACUGUCAAGUCAACAGUUUCAGGCGUUCCAGAAAAUGAUGCUGCAGCAGCAGCAGGAGCAUUUGAAAUCGAUGAUGGAACAAAUGAAGCAGAUGUUUCCAUUGCUACAACCCAGCAAAAAUAAAAAUGAAGACAAGAAAAAAGAGGAAAGGCAAGUCGUCGAAGCUGAGAAAGAUGACUUGUCCAAACAACUAUCAAGUUUACUUAAAAAUAAUCCAAAAGUCGAAGAAGGAGAGAAGCCGCUGCCCACAGAAGGAUCCAAGAUUUUAAACGAAUAUGAUGAUUACGACGACGAUUCUAGAGGAAAAGAAUGCAUCGAAGAAGUUUGGAAAGCCGAACAAAGUUCUCUGGUUCUGGUUCCUGAACGGUAUUGCCUUAGAGAAAUCAAUAGCAAAUCAUCAAUGACCGUUAGAACCCUGGGAAAAAUUACGAUCUAA